GGACUAAUGCUGCUCCCCCUCCAGCCUGAGCUGCUGUUGGGGGGAGAGGCUGGAGAGUGGGGAGCCCCUGGCUGGGCUGAGCAGCCCCAGCUUUUUAAUCCCUGCGGUGCGGGAAGCUGCAGGAGAUGCAGGCCAGGAAUGAGGCUGGGCUUCCCUGGUGGCUGCCUUAGUUUCCCUGAGGGGACACAGUUCAGCGAGGCAGAUCCUGGGUGACCUAGUUCCCAGGGGGUGGGGCAUGGCUGGCUGCCUCUGUCCUGACUCUGUCUUAGGGGGCUAGCAGGGGCUUAGGUGCCAGUUCUGGAAAGGAUGGACGCCAGAGGAGGCUCAGGGCGGUUCCCGGCCCCGUGCCCUGAGAGGUCUCCCUGGGAAGAGGAACCGGGCGGGCUGGCCUCCAGUCCAUCCAGGGGGCGGGGCCCAGUGCAGGUCCGCCCCCUCCCUCCCUGGACCAGGGCUUCAAAUAGACGCUGGCGCCAGAGCAUCUGCCAGCCCGAGCCCGAGCCGUGCGCCCUGUGCCUCCUAGCCUGGACCGCGACCUCUGCUCGGAUCAGGAUCUUGAGCCUCCAGCACAACUCCACCCGCAGCCCAGCCCGACGUCUUUGUGCCAUGGGCGGGCCCCGGGUUCUGCUGGUGACGCUCUGGGCGCUGGGGGCCGCCGGGGCUGCUGCGCUGCGCAUCGGAGCCUUCAACGUCCAGAGCUUCGGGGACAACAAAGUGUCGGAUCCUGCUUGCAGCCGCAUCAUUGCGCAGAUCUUGGCCGGCUAUGAUGUGGCGCUGGUGCAGGAGGUGCGAGACCCGGACCUGAGCGCGGUGUCCGCGCUCAUGGAGCUGAUCAACAGCGUGUCCAAGCACGAGUACAGCUUUGUGAGCAGCGAGCCCCUGGGGCGGGACCAGUACAAGGAAAUGUACCUGUUCGUCUACAGGAAGAACUCCGUGUCGGUCGUGGACACGUACCAGUACCCGGACCCGCUGCACGCGGCCCCGCACCAGGCCGUGGCGGAGAUCGACGCUCUCUACGACGUGUACCUGGACGUGAUCGACAAAUGGGGCUCCGACGACAUGCUAUUCCUCGGAGACUUCAACGCAGACUGCAGCUACGUGCGGGCGCAGGACUGGGGCGCCAUCCGCCUGCGCAGCAGCGAGGUCUUCAGGUGGCUCAUCCCCGACAGCGCCGACACCACGGUGGGCAACUCCGACUGUGCCUACGACCGCAUCGUGGCCUGUGGUGCCCGCCUGCGCCGGAGCCUGAAGCCCCACUCGGCCUUGGUGCACAACUUCCAGGAGGAGCUUGGCCUGGACCAGACUGAGGCGCUGGCCGUCAGCGACCAUUUCCCUGUGGAGGUGACCCUCAAGUCCCACUGACUGCUCCGAGGCCUGGCCAGGGUAUGCCACCUGCAGAGGGAUGACCCCAGGGAGGGUCCUGGGUGGCAGGCACCCGAGCCACAGGGCAGGGACCCGUUGUGGGGCCAGAGCCUUAGUCCCUAUGUGUAGAUGGGCCGCCGCCUUCCUCGGGGCUCCUGUGGGGUGCCCAGCACACACCUGUGCUCGACACCCGAGCCGCUCCCCGCAGGACCACAGAGGUCACCGUGAGGCCUGCCUUCUCAGGACUCAGCCCUUCUGGGCACAUGCCCCGUCCCAGCUGCGUCACAGGGUCACCUCAGGUCCCGGAGGGAAGGGAAGCUUUCUGUUCUUCCUGCACAAGCCGAGUGCUUCCAGAACUUGUCCAGAGCCUGCAUGGUAGGGCAGGACGCUGGCCACCAGACUAGCUGCCUGGGCCCUGGGGGACCUCAGAGCAGGUCUCCCUGUGCGAUCUUACAGCCUCUUCUGAGUCCUGCAGGAACCCUCGGACGCAUCUGUACCCAGCACUGUGAGGUCAGGGGCUGUGGUCCACCCCUCAGCCAGUCAGAUCCCCUGUCAGGGAGGGGCCAGCCUUCUCCCCCAUCCUAGGCAGGCAGCUCAGGCUCGGGUCCUGCCCAAAGAAUGGCGCCCUGGGCCAGCCAGUGGCACAGUGGUUAGGGCAACUGGUUCCCACGUGGCCACGUGCUUUGAAUCCUGGCCCCAGUGGCUUGAAAGGCAGGUGAGGUGUGCCCGGAAUGCUGAGCGCGGGAUGGAGGAGACAGUGCAGUGUGGCUACCGCCCCCGGGGAGGGCAAUUUCUCACUCCCGCCGGCGAGCGCACAUACCUCAUAGCGAAGUGAAAAACAGACUGCAGGACUGCACCCCUUGCCUGGCACAGCCCUCAAGGGUACCUUCCUGGGUAGUCUCCUCCUCAGGAGCUGGGGAGCCCGCCUCUUGAAGGGCAGGGACAAGCAGUUCUAGGUACACGGGGUGACUGACAUGGUCUUAGGAGGUCUGUGGCUUUCGGAAAUCCCAUCUUUGGCAGGAUCUGGGAACUGGCCUACACUGCAUGGGAGAAAAACCCUUUGUGUUGAGGAUUUGGAUGAGUGGGGUCCUUGCAGUCUCGUCAGCGGGCUCAGGGCCCCAUGGCAGCCUCAGAGCAGGGCUCACUCCACUGCCCUACCCAUGGCCAGGUGCGGCAGCUAAGGCCUUUCCCUGGCAGGUCCUAUGUGGGUUGCUGGGAGGUCGUGACCUACCUGGGGGCUCAGGCCUCCAGCAAGCAGGCAGCCCGCAGCUGGGAGGGACAACCCAGGGCUUCAAUCUGAGAAGAGCUGGGGUGGUCUUGCUGGGCCCCACUUGCCUGUUCACGAGGGCCAAAUCGAGACCC